AUGAUAUUGGAUGUACUCAAAAACAAUUUUGAAAAAAAAGGGGAACCUUUUUAUAGCAAAAAAAUGAGAACUAGCAUCGAAAAACAGAACAGAAAGAAGAAGAAGAAAAAAAAAAAAAAUUUCUCGUUGCAGGAUGAGAGCGAAAAGAAUAGUACAAAGGUGGAGAGCACAGAUGAUGCAAAUACACUCACGGAAAGUGAAGCACAUAGUAAAUGUGAACCCUCAAGUGGUGAAAAGGAGGAUAGUCUUCUUCAAAUUGCAAAGGGGAGAAACGCUCCCCUAAAGGCGAAGACAACAGCAACGGCAACAACUACAAUGACGAAGAAGAAGAAGAAGAAAAAAAAGUCGUCCAAAGGACUCUAUCUAAACGUGAAGAGGAAGAACACAAGCUAUGAAGAAAACGAACAGGAAGAUUUCACGGAAGAUAUUUUUGAAAAUGAAAAUUUUGACGAGCUACAAUUUGUGGAGGACGAAAAUGUGGAAUACAGAACUUAUAAUUCCUUCUCCAAUGCGGGAUUCAAACUGUUAAGUAAAUACUCAGUCGAUGAUGGAGAUGGAAAAAUCACCAAAAGGAAAGGAAAGAAAAAAAGACAGGGACAAAAACAAGUGGAACAAGAACAGGAGGACUACAAAAAGUACAAUUUCAACCAUGAGGAAUCACUUAAGGGUAAUCACAACGAGUUUGACUCGGAUAUCAUCAAAUUUUUAAAUAGGAAUAAAAAGAGCAUUGAUUAUGACAAACGGAAUGGCCGUUCGUUUCAAAAGGAAGAUGUCUACUCGUAUGAAGCCAGUGCAGGUUAUGGCGGGAGGAGGGGAAAACAGAAGCAGCUGCAGGACGAUCGGGAAGACGAGGAUAACUAUGAACAUUACCGGGAAGAAAACGCCGACUAUUACGACCGCGAGGAGGACGACGAAGGUGGUAACGAAGAAGGUGGUGACGACCAAAGUGGUGAAGACGAAAGUGGUGACGACGAAAGUGGUGACGACGAAAGUGGUGAAGAUGAAGGUGGUGACGACCAAAGUGAUGAUGACUAUAAUGCCAGCGCAUCGCAGUAUAAAUACCAACGCAGCGGCGGUAUAAAAGGAAGUGGUAAUUUUAAAAGGGCUGGGUUAUUGGGGCAGGAGGAGGAGAAAGACGAAUACAGUGAUGAGGAUGAGGACGGUGAUGAAGAAGAGGCAGAAGAGGACGAAAACAAUGACGACGAAAUGGACAAUGAUGAUGAUGAUGAUGACGAGAGCGAUCGAGGCUCCCUUGAUCGGAAGAAGGAAACCAACACGGAAGACCCAAAGCGCAGACUUCCCUUCGCAAGUGAGUUCAAGUACAUAAACACCCCAUCGGGGAGAUACAUGUAUGAUAAAAGGGAAGACGGUCAUUUUGAAAAUGAUGAGAACACGUGGACCAUCACAAAAUAUGACACCACAAAACGCAUAUACGGAGAUGAAAAGAGGCAAGAAAUAAAACUUGGGCAUAUCGAGAGUAGGAAGGAAGGAAACCACAAAGUAGAGUACCACGAAAAAAUGCAAAAUAAAAAAUAUGUGAACGUAAAACUAAGCGAAAGUAAUUUAAAAAAAAGUAGCACGCCCUACGGAAGGCAAUACAACAUACAGAGUACCAUGGAGGGGAAAUCAUCCCUGAGGAACGCCUUGAACAUUGGGAAACCCAAUCUCAGUAAGGAUAAGUACAAAUUUAAUAUCCCUAAUGUGGAAGACAAACUAAUUAAGUUUAAUAUAGGUUCCCGCACUAACAGCAACAGUAGGAGCAAGCCAAUUCACAAAGAUGAGAGGAUAAGUACAUUCAGCUACAUGCUUCAUUCGUCAAACCAGAGUGUUCACGUAGAAAACAAUGAUUACUUAAUAAAAGAAAGGGGAAAAAAACAAGCAGAACAAACAAAUGAAGAACGCACAGAUAGCCACUUCAGAAAAGAGGAGAAAAUACUCCAACCACUUUGGGAAGAAACACAGAAAACGCAGAAGGAUCCCCACGGGGAAGAGAAAAAAAAACAUAACAUCAAAAGCUUCCUAGACAAAAUAAAGCACAGGAAAAACAACGAAGAUAUGCUUAAACGGGAACACAGCAAAUAUGAUAAUACGGAGAGGAGUGACAAAAAGGAAAAAUUCAAAAUGAAGUUAACGGACAUUCUGAAUGCACGAACGCUGGGAAAUUUUUUCCAUCGAAACAAAACUAGCGCCGCGAAAUCGUUGUCCCCACAGCGAGAAAGGGAAGCUAGCGUCGAGCCGUGUAUCAAAUCGAAUGGUGUAGAGAAGUUCGGGUGGCUCCACCAGGGCAGAUCCGACGGGAAGCGUGACAACCAUCAGCUUGAAAAACGCGAUGAUCACUUCCCCCUACACCAAAAAACAACAUUCGGUCAGCCGCCCAUGAUAAAAGACGAAAUGGGACAUUACAGCACAAGGGAUGCGAUGAAAAUUCUGGACACCUUUUCGAACGAAGGGAAAGGCAUCCAUGACGAUACUAUUAUGCAAAGUGAUCCAAGGGAAUAUGACAACAGAGGAAUUCACAAAAGGGGAAGUAAGAAUACACUGGAAUUUUCCUAUAAAGAGGGCUCUUCACCUGAACAACCGAUUGCUUCUAAAGUGGCCCUUGUCACAUGGGAUGGAAAAAAAAACGACCUUGGGAAGCCAUUCGAUAGGAACAAGAAUAACUCUAAACCAGAGGACUCCAAAACGAUCAGCUCAAACGGUAUAAUCAGUGGAAAAUACAACAGGAAAUAUCACACAGGCAGGGAGGACUUAGAUGCAGACACGAACAUAGGGAUGUCUGGAAAGGAGAGUAUUAUACCAAACAUAUAUCAACAAUUUUAUUAUAGAAGCCCCAUUGGAAAUGAAAAUAGAAUAACUCAAUUUGAAGGUGAUUCAAAGAGGGGAAGACAAAUUAAAAUGCAAGGGGGAAACGGAGGGGAAGAGGAGUCAGAUGUAAAAAUGGAACAAACGUUAAACAGAAAAAUGAUCGAGAACAAUGAACUGAAGAGAAGGAAUGAAAAUAAUGAAGAAGUGUUGGCAACCCCAUUUUAUAUAAAAAGUAAAAUUGACAAGGUUCUGAAGAAUAGCGAAAUUUUCGAACGAUCUGCAAGAGCCACCUUUCAGCAGUUCGAUGUGAAAAAUAAAAACUUCCUGCAUUUCAGCGAGAUCGAGUCACUCAUUCAGAAGCUCUGCUUCAAUUUGGAGCUCCCCCCUGUUGAUAAGAACAUUCUCUCCAUCGUCUACAAAGACUAUGACAGCAGCAAGAACAACAGCAUGAACUACACCGAUUUCAGGCAGAUGUACUGGGACCUGCUGAAACAGAUAAAGAAAAAGUAUUACCCAACGAAAAAUUUAAAAAUAAAAAGAAACUGCAUAAUCAGCAGGAAGAAGCUAGGAGGAUACGACUACUCAUCGAUAUACAAUUAUUUGAGUUUUAAAAAAAUCCUGGGGUGUGGUGCCUUUGGAGAAGUACACCUUGUGGAAGACAACAUCUGUAAGCUUUACAAAGUGGUGAAAAUAUUAAAAAAAAAAAAAUUAAAAAAUAUAAAAAUUAACGAAGAAAUUAAUGUACUCAUAUAUCUAGAUCAUCCAAAUAUCAUAAAAAUAUUUGACGUCUACGAAAAUGUCGAUUGUACUUACAUUGUAAUGGAACUUUGUGAAGGAGGGGAACUCAUGGACAAGAUAAUCAAGUCCUCAAUUUUCAAUGAAGAAUAUAUAAAAAAUAUUAUGUUCCAAAUUUUGUGUGCCAUAGCAUAUAUGCAUAGCAACAACAUUGCCCACAAGGACUUGAAGCCUGAAAAUAUUUUAUUCAAAUCCAAAGGAGAUGAUACAUUAAAGAUUAUUGACUUUGGAUUAGCUGAAUUGAUUAACCACACGGAGGGAGUUAGCAAAACUGCUGCAGGCACUGUCCUCUACAUGGCACCUGAAGUUUUUAAAAAAAAAUUUACCAUCAAAUGUGAUAUAUGGUCAGCUGGAGUUAUUAUGUUUUUUUUGUUCUCCAAAAAUUUACCCUUUUGUGGAAACACCUACGACGAGAUUAAGUUGAGCAUAUUCAAGGACGAGCCUGACUACAAGAGCUUGAAGGGCCGGCUGUCUCAACCCGCACUGCACAUCUUGAAGCUCAUGUUGGAGAAGGAUCACACCCGGCGCCCCAUGGCGGCAGUGCUCCUGCACCACCCCUGGUUCCAGGGAUUCCUAGAUCCAGUGCAAAUGAAUCCAAGCACACUCAGCAACAUAAAGGCCUACAUGAAGCAAUCCAACAUUAGGAAUAUUAUAGUCAACAUAAUGGCUCACGAGCUCAGCGUAAUAGACAGCCACUUAAAAUAUAUCAACGAGCUCUUCUGCAAAAUAGACACGAAUCACAAUGGCUCACUAAGUCACGGGGAAAUUUAUGCCGUGUUGGCAAAUGCGGGCAUCAAGAAGUGGGACAUCAACCGAAUAGUGCAAGCGCUGGAUAUCAACGAUCGGGGCAGUGUGACCUACACAGAAUUCAUCGCCGGAUGCUACCGAUGGAAGGACAUAGAAUCCACUUUCUUAAAGGCGGCCUUCAAUAAAAUCGACAAGGACGAAGAUGGCUACAUCAGCAAAAGCGACAUAGUAACGCUUGUGCAGGACAAAGUCAUUGAGAGUCACGACGUGGACAACUUUUUCACCUCCGUGUUCCUUGUGAAAAAGGGCUUAUCUUGCGAAAGGCGCGCGAGCAGGAUAAAUUUCGAUGACUUUAAAGAGUACCUUUUAAGCACGUUUUAG